AUGCUUAAAUGGUUCACAUACAUGACUUCUGCUCGAAAGGAGACGGAGAAGAUCGAUGAUGGUCGCGACGAAAUCAUGGACAACGACGACAACAUGAUGAUCGAUCUGAUCCUUGCCGAAAUCGAAUCGGUUGUGGCUGCUUUUGAAACGGAAAAGGAGCAACGGAAGUCGCAGGAAUGUCUUCAGAAGCGAAUUCCUGACUAUUCUUGGUUGAUCAGUGAAAACUCACAGAAACCCAAAAAAUACUUGACGAUGAAUGAACGUAGUCGCCUUGAAAGAGCAUGUGAUCGUCUCCGCCCUAGUGAAUGGUCGAAACUGAUCAACCUGUGGAAAGCGCGAUCGAAGAACGCUUCUUCACGCGAGCAUAUUCUCGACUGUUUCGUUUCGUCUGUUCAUGAAGUGAUCCUCUCAAGGCCUCGACCACCUACAGUCGGUGAUGUUCUGAGGAAGUACAUGCGUAGUGCGAGCAGCAUCAACGCGGUAUCCGAUUCGCCACGCAGUAUGGGCUCGACUCGAUCACUGGCAGACGUCUCUUUUCGUGAACUCAGCGAAGUUGUUUAA